AUGCGAUAUUGCAGAUUCCGUGAUUUUCCACAACACUCGCACGACCAAUAUUCACGUUUCUAUUUUUCACACAGUGUUCCUCGACUGAGACGUUUUCUGGCAUGUUAUGACCCUAAGGAGAAGAUCCUAUUGGGCGAGAGAUAUGGCUAUGGUUGUAAUGCUGCUCAUGGUUAUGAGUACAUCACAGGAGGAGGAGGGUAAGAUAUUAUAACCAUGCGUAUAGUGCUAUUUAACAAAUACAUAAGAUUUUGCCGUUGUCUGUUCAGUUAUAGAUACACACUAUGACGUCAUACUGCGGGAAGAACAAAAAACUGGCUCACGAGCCGAGUGGAUCACUUUUUUGUUCUUCAAACAUUAUGACGUCAUACUGUGUAUCUAUAAAUGAACAGUUACGACAAAAUCUUAUCUAUUUGUUUUAAAUAAUAAAAAGAAAAACCCCGAAUUAAACAGGUAAAUAACUAGCUUACUUUUUAUCCACCCAAACAUGUGGAAGUUUGAAAAAGUCGAAAUUUUACAAAUAUCACGCGUACAUGAUCUAUACAAAUAAGGGAAUGCUAUUGGCUACCUUAAUUGUGACGUAAUUCCGCCCGUCUGUCCUCUAAUAGAUCAUGGCUCUCGACCAAUGAAAGCGCUUGAAUUCUUAAUUAACGUUGUUAUGUAAACAUAUUUCUCAGUAUAAAGAAAGAGUCGUUGGUUACUGCAUUUUCCCCUCGGGGGCGCAAUAGUCAGAGCAAACACCUGUCACCUCUGAGAUCGUGUGUUCGAUUCCCUAGCCCCUAACUAACCCUUCCACCGUAGUUGUGCUGUGUGAUCAGACAUGAGUCAUAAGGUGGGUGCAAGAGGCGCCCUUAGAAAGCCUUCAACUCGUCCUUCGCAAUUCAAUUUAGCUCUCUGCUGCGAGUGAGGAUGACCCACUUACUUACUUACAUAGGAACUAGACUCAGUUCCGAAAUAUCACAUACUCGAACCGACCUGACCACGUAGCUCAGUUGGCAGAGCAUUGGACUAGUAUUCCAAAGGUCGUAGGUUGGAUUCCCACCGGUGUGGAUAUACACUCAGAGUAACAUCACAAGCAUCUUAUUCACCUGAGUACACAACACAACAAGUAUCAUGAUUAUUAGAUAACAUUGAUAUCGAAGGAACUGGACUCAGUUCAGAAAUAUCACAUACUCGAACCGACCUGACCACGUAGCUCAGUUGGCAGAGCAUUGGACUAGUAUUACAAAGGUCGUAGGUUCGAUUCCCACCGUGGCCAGGCAUAUUUUUCAAGCCUGCCCGGUGUGGAUAUACACUCAGAGUAACAUCACAAGCAUCUUAUUCACCUGAGUACACAACACAACAAGUAUCAUGAAAAAACUUGCCUCGCUUUUCAGCAGAUGUGCACCUUUUCGAUGUAAUACACGGUUUCUCGUUUAUGAUGUAUAUUACAAAAAAAUAUAUAUUGGCUUGCAAAUAUAUUAACUGCACAAGUUCUAUUUAUAUGACUUCACAAAUUUGUUAUCACUGCACCUUAGUAUAAUCCUUGUGUUGAAGUAAAUAAGCUGUGUAAAUUAUUUUUAGUAUGGUGUUAAGUAAUGCAGCAGUGGACGCGUUAUUGAGGUCAGAUUGUGGAUGUUAUACUCCAGAUGCCCCAGAUGAUAUGGUCUUGGGUCAGUGUUACAGAAUGCUGGGGUUACGUACUGUUCAUAGUCCAGAGUUUCAUCAGGUAACUUUGUCUCGUUGAUUCUCAAAGCAGAGACGUAUCU